AUGAAUGUAAUAAAACAGUUUUCAAGUUUACUAAGCACAAACGCUCUUCAUAAUUUUCAACAAAUACGUAACGGUAACAUAUGGGUGAACCGUUGGAUGAUUAGAGACGUAAAGAGAAGGAAGAUGACAGUAGAAUAUGCACCAACAAGAUUAAGGAUAAACACCAUGAGAAAGAAUGAUGUACUUCCUCCGGAACUUAUAGAAAUUGCUGACCAAGAGAUCGCAGCAUUACCGAGGGAUUCCGCUUUAGUUAGAGUUAAGAGGAGGUGCGUUAUAACAUCUAAGCCGAGAAGCACAUUGUACCGUUGGCGAUUCAGUAGGAUAAUAUUCAGGGAUUUGGCAGAUCACAAUAAAUUAUCCGGCGUUCAAAGAGCAAUUUGGUAAUCAAUUUA